CAAUACAACAGUUGAGUGGCAACUGCGCAGUUAUUGCAACGUAGACGGAAGUAAAUACAUGUAAAUUAUUUAAUCUGAUUUUCAAAAGCUGCAAAGAUGACGGCCCAGCAGCAGCGUUGUCGUCUAGCUGCCUUCGAUUUUGACCACACAAUUGUCGCCCAAAAUACGGACACUGUGGUGCGUGACCUUCUUCCCAAUGAAGUAACAGGUCCGAGUGCACGCGCCCUCAACGAGCUUGUCGAGAACUGGACGCUGUAUAUGGCCGAGAUCUUUCGAUUGCUGCACGAGCAACAAGUUACUGAGGCGCGUAUACGAGACACCAUACGAUGCAUACCCGAGGUUCCUGGAUUUGUACGACUCCUAAAGAGGCUGAAGAGGCUCAACUUCCACUUGAUCAUCAUAAGCGACUCCAAUAGUGUUUUUAUCGACGAAUGGCUCAAGGCUCACCAUCUGACCGAUUGUUUCAAGGCCAUCUUCACCAAUCCCGCUGAAUUCGAUGAGAAAGGUCAACUGCAUGUGCGACCCUAUCAUCAGCAGACCGAGUGCAAGCUAAGUGCUAGCAAUUUGUGCAAGGGACGCGUUCUAGAGCACUUUGUCAUCGAGCAGGAUUUGCGCCACAAUAUACGCUACGACCAGGUAUUCUACGUGGGCGAUGGGCAUAAUGACAUCUGUCCAGUUUUGCGCCAGCGCGCUUGCGAUUUUGCUUGCGCUCGCCAAGGAUUUGCCAUGGAGAAGCAUUUGGUGAAGAAUCGCAACAAAUUCAAGUUGCGGGCCCAGCUGUUGGUCUGGAAGAGCGGAUUCGAUUUGUUGGAGCAGCUCAACGCUUUGCCGCAACUCCAUUGGCUCAACGAGUGCGAGGAUGCGAUUGGGUUGCGCAAAGCCGCAGAAGAUGCUCGUCGUGCUUCAGCGGCAACAGUGGUUCCAGUCAAGGGAGCCAACAUAGAGCCAGAGCAGUAAAUAUUGAUAACCACACACAUACACUGCACUGGUUCAACUUUCGUGGGAAUUGUUGCAGUGCAAUUAGACGUUUUUUUUUUAUAAUUGGAACGAAUGGUGGACUUCAGAAGCAUUUGUGGUGUCUACAUUUCAACAUCUAUUCCAAUGCAUUUCUCGAAUGUAGUUGAUUAGCCCAACAUUAUAUUUAUCUGAGGAGUUGCCUGAAUGGUUUGUAUUUAAAGCAUUUGGAGCACCAGAUGCUUUUAGUUUUACAUAUAAAUAUAUAUAAAUCCUUUUUGAUUUAGAACACCCGACGAGGGGUUCUUUUUUAGUAAUUUCGGAUUUAUUGAAAGUAGAUUUCAAGUAACUUACGGCUUGGAUUGCACCAAGAUGUUGAGUCAGCUAAAUCAAAAAGAUUUAUAUAUCCAUACGUUGCUUACAAUGCAAUGGUAACAACAUAAAUAUUAUAUACAAAUGUCUAUUAAAGUAUAAACAUAAAUGUAAUAAGUGUGUAUUAUAUCUAAAUGUGAUCUACAUAUAUUUACAUACAUAUAUAUCCUAUUGUUCGUGGUAGCAGCAGCUGAAUAGAAUCAAUGUGUAUGCGCAUACAUAUUUGUAAUGUUAUUUUUGAAAUAUGUAUAUAUGUCUGAGUGUAUAAAUAAAUGUACUAUAUAUUUGUCUAUCUACCACCUGCAA